UCGACCUUUGGUUCUAAUAAGUCGCCUACCUAAGUAUUCCAUAUAAAAUAAAGCACUACAGAGAAAAAAAAAGUUAGUCCUGCGUGAGUUUACGGAAUAUGGACUAUCGACUAGCAGUGACUCUUCUGCUCCUACAGGUGCCUCUUGUUUGCAUGGCCACGAACAAUUUUGCCUCAACCAUUAGCAAUGCAACAGUGAAUAAUAAUUCAACGAAGGAUGAAUUUUUUUCAAACACGACAUCAAAGUCUCCUUUUCCAGAGAAAAUAUUUUGCGAUUUCUACACUCAGUGGACAACUUGGUCGAAAUGCAAUAGAAACUGCAUGCAGACGCGCAUGCGCAAAUGUCGCAAAAAAGACGUCUGCGGAAAAUCAAGAUUCAAAGAAAAACAAUCAUGCAAACACCGUACCCGGCAAUGUCCUGAUCAUUCAUUUAAGAUUAUUGGUUCUAGUUUACGAAAUAGAAGAAUAGAGGAUCGUUUAUAUGACAUUUUCUAUCAUUCUUGGACAGCGUGGACAGCAUGCAGCGGUGAUUGCAAAACGAGGCGUCGCCGGAAGUGCAAGACUGAUAUCUGCACAGGAGGAUUUUUGGAGGAAGAAAAAUCUUGCAAGAGUACUUCCAAGUGCAACAAGAUAAUGUCAUUAUAUGUUAAAAAUCGACCAAAAAAUAGACAAGGUAACAAACUUAAGACUUUAAAGGGUUUGCAAAGUGUCUGUGGAAUAAGACCUAACACAAGAUCCCCUCGCAUUGUGGGAGGACACGAGAGUAUUCCACAUAGCUGGCCCUGGCAGGUUGAGAUUCUAACAAAAAGGAAGCGACACUUUUGUGGUGGAACUUUGAUUUCUCCACGCUGGGUAUUGACCGCUGCCCACUGCAUCGUAAAAAAGGGAAGAAAGCGAAAAGUACUUGUUCGCGUUGGCGAACAUGAUACAGAUGUUCGAGAAGGUACAGAAAAGGAUAUCAGCGUCAGUCGAUAUCUGCCGCAUCCAAAAUUUAACUACGCAUUAGUUGCAAAUGACAUUGCUCUUCUCAAACUUUCCAAACCUGUGCACAUUUCAAAUAGUACAGGAUAUGCGUGCAUACCCAAAAAGGGUAAAAAAUUUAGAGUGAAAGCAGGGACAUUAUGUAGUACCCUUGGUUGGGGUAAAACAAAUAUAACAGCACCUCAUAACAAUAAAGUAUUAUAUGAAGUUCAAGUUCCGAUAGUAAAGAAAAAGAAGUGCAAAAAAGCAUUUUCCUUUAGAGUUACAAGCUCUCAGCUGUGUGCAGGCUAUUCAAAAGGCCAGAAAGACGCUUGUACUGGUGACAGCGGUGGACCAUUACUUUGUGUCAAGUCACGUGGUCUCUAUAAUAGGAAGUGGUAUGUAAAUGGUGUCACUAGUUAUGGUGAAGGUUGUGGACAGAAGCGGAAGUUUGGAAUUUACACAGACGUCAGUAAAUUCUAUCGAUGGAUUGUUAAAAAUAUUUCAAAAGAUUUAUAGUGAAAGUGUAUUGUUAUUGAGUAUGAUACGCACACAGUAUUUUAAGUUCUAAGUCCACGGACGUUAAUUAAGUGAAUUGCUGAGUUUGUGGGGAACAGCCUGUACGACAAUCAUAACAAUGGUUCAUUGCUAUUUUCACUUACUUGUUUUUAGUUCUCUACUUUUGCUACUGACGAGCAACUAAUGUCAAAAAAUUAUACAAACAUAACCUUAACACAGGAUCAUUAUGCUUAAACACCCAUCCACCCAACCCCUAUAUUUAUACUUUAGCUAAUAUGCAUUUUUCGUUAUCAUUAACUGCUAGUCCAUAAUAUAGUUGAAUAAAUCAGUGACAGUAGCAACGAACCUUUGCUUUGCUAUUGUCUGUCUGUCAUGAAACUCACCAAUUCUUAAAUGGGGGCUGCAACCUCAAAUUUAAAAAAAAAAAUGUUUGUUAUUUAUAAAUGUAACCAUGUUCCCAUUGUAGUUGUUAACGCUAGGGUUGUGUAAAAGUUUAUGACCAACACUGACCGUUUGUCUGUGCGAGUCAUUCGGUCAUCACUCAGCUCAUGCAAAAUUCAUACAUGUAAUUGGAUCUGAAGAAACAUGUGUCGGUAAGAAAUUUUACGUUGAAAUAACUCAGAAAUAACAUAUGUAGAUGUAGUAGUAUUCUGGCUUUCCUGACUUUAUUUUCUCAAGAACAAAAGGUAAUGUGGGUCUUCCAGUUAAACAAGGUCAAAAUACAUGACAGAAAGUACGUAGAAGCUGCUGAAUCGGCAAGUACUAGCACUUGUUUUACACACUUAGGCUAAUGUUUGAUUUUUUGUUAUUGGACACAAUAAACUAUAGGGUUUUUUGAACCAGAAUUGCUCUUUAUUAAGUUUAAAGCUGAUGAAUUCAAAAUCGCCUUCCUCAUACAAAUGCUAAAUUUACCUAAUUCUAAAACAGAAAAGCCAAAAAAAGUACAGAUAAAAUUAAGAUACACGAUCCAGGAGUACGGCCUCUAGUCUUUUGAAAAUUAAACAUUUUUAAUGUACGACAAACAAGCAUAUUGUUUGAAAGAAAUUACAACGCAAAUCUCCAUACAAGGCCUGGUGUAACUGUUUAAUUAGUUUUAGGUUGAAAAGUUCUUAUUGUAGGAUUUUCCAGGAGUUAUUCAACAACAAAUUCACUGACAUUAUAUGCUGCCAAGAAACAUUGUUUACAUAAAUUUAAAUCAUGAAAAAUUGUCAUAAUAUCAGCAUCAUACGUCAUGUUAUAUGAUACAUUUAUGUUACAUGUUCUUUGUUUUUGUUUAUUUAUGUUGAUCAUCAGACACUUAUAGUUGUUAAGUCUAGAUCUCAUUUUAUCACUAUAAACAUGCAUCUUCCCUGGUCGUAUAUUCUGGAUGAAAAUUUACCCAAUAAAAAAUCAUCCAUGCAAGAUUUUCCAAUUAAUUUUUUGUUACUGAUAUAAAAUGGCUAACUUAGAUGCAUUUCAAAUAAACUCUCUGAAGUCUGAA